AUGACUAAUAAAUUAAAAAAAACAAGACCAAUUAUAAAUAAACCUUUAUAUAUAAAAGAUAUUGACAAUAUAGUCGGUAUAAAUUUAUAUAAAAUAAAAUUUAUAUUUAAUAUGUAUAAUAACAAUAUAUAUAAAAAAAUUAGUAAUUAUAAUAAAAUUAAUUGUGAAUAUAAAAAUCUUAUAGUUAAAUAUUCUACUUUUAAUUUAAAUUCAUUUAAAAAAAAUUCAAUUAAAUUUAAUAACAUUCGAUUAAAUACAAUAAAAAAAAAUAAUGAAAACAAAAACGUCCAUAAAACAAAUAUGUAA